UAAUUUAUCAAAGGGGCAAAUGACUGUAUCAUUGUCACUCUAAACCCACCAAAAUUUCUUGUAAAAUUUCUUACUACUAUUUUUUUGCCCUUUUUCUAGGACAAAUUCAGUGGUUUCUUCACUCUAUAUCUCAGCAAAGCUUCGAUUUUGACGACAUAGGCAUUGCUUCAAAAGAUUAGAAGACGUCUAAUUUCUUGCAUUUGCCCCUCUGUGAGUAUGGCAAAUUCAAUGCUCAUCACUGGAACUGAAAGUUUAGGUCUUUAUAGGAGAAUUUCCCCAAAUGGGUUAGGCUUUGCGGGUUCAGAUUUGAAUGGCAAGCAUUUCCCCAAGUUGGGUUUAUCAAUAACCAGUAAUAAAAUGAAAACCCUAGGUCUAAGGUGCAGUGUUUCAACAUCUAGGCCAGCUUCACAGCCAAGAUUCAUACAACACAAGCAAGAGGCAUUUUGGUUCUAUAGGUUCUUAUCCAUUGUGUAUGAUCAUGUGAUCAAUCCUGGGCAUUGGACUGAGGAUAUGAGGGAAGAUGCACUUGAACCAGCUCACCUUAAUGACAGGAAUUUGACUGUGGUUGAUGUUGGUGGUGGCACUGGUUUUACUACUUUGGGUAUAGUUAAGCAUGUGGAUGCUAAGAAUGUUACAAUUCUUGACCAAUCUCCCCAUCAGCUUGCUAAGGCUAAGCAAAAGGAGCCUUUGAAAGAAUGCAAGAUUAUUGAGGGUGAUGCCGAGGAUCUUCCCUUCCAAACUGAUUAUGCUGACCGAUAUGUAUCUGCUGGAAGUAUUGAGUACUGGCCGGAUCCACAACGUGGCAUCAGAGAGGCGUACAGGGUUCUGAAACCUGGAGGAAAGGCGUGCCUAAUCGGUCCUGUCCACCCUACAUUUUGGUUGUCUCGUUUCUUUGCUGAUGUGUGGAUGCUCUUUCCUAAGGAGGAAGAAUACUUGGAGUGGUUUGAGAAGGCAGGAUUCGAGGAUGUCCAACUUAAGAGGAUUGGCCCAAAAUGGUAUCGUGGGGUUCGCAGGCAUGGGCUUAUCAUGGGAUGUUCUGUGACUGGUGUGAAGUCUACACCUGGCGAUUCACCACUGCAGCUUGGCCCAAAGGCAGAGGAUGUGGCAAAACCUGUAAAUCCAUUUGUCUUUAUGCUGCGGUUCCUUCUGGGGGCAAUGGCAGCAACAUACUAUGUGUUGGUUCCUAUUUACAUGUGGGUUAAAGACCAGGUCGUUCCUGAAGGCGAACCUCUGUGAGAUAGCUAGCAACUUACUAAUUACUGGCUGACCAGCUUCUCCUGCUGCACCUGGUUCUAGUUAGCGCUGUUCUGUGUUUCCUUUGUAUGCCUAGGAUUUUCCAAGCGUACUUUUUGACAAAUUAUGUUUGACAUCUUAGUUUGGCGACCGACCUUGGUUGAUAUAGUUUUCUGAUGUAGACUGAACUCCCUUUUAUAUCCAGAUGGUUAAUUUCAACUUCUAAGUU